AUGGGACCCACAGACUGUCUCUAUACUAACCCCGCGGACUGCAGUACUUAUAUCCAGUGUACUGUCAAUCCCGGUAACCAAUCGGGAACUCCUCUCGUGAGGCCCUGUCCCGCGGGACUCAAGUGGAACGACAACAUCAAGCGAUGUGAUUGGCCCGCAAACGCCACUUGCCGAAAGCAGGCCUAUAAAUCACUAUAUUAUCAAGUACAAGGACUUCUAGUAACAGUUACCUACAAUAAGGUCUCGGGGUUCAUAAAAUAA